GUACAAUUUCUAACCUAAAAUAGAAAGGCAGAAAAUCUUUUUAUUUAUCACGUGCAUUCUAUGAUAUAAAAACUGGUUUGAUAUAUAAUUACUUAUUUAUGCUGCAACAUCAUCAAAUAAUUAAGAUCAAUGAAUCAAGAGAAUAUGUCUACAGGGUUUGUGCAUUCGGUAAGAGUACCAAGACUUUAUAAAGAAUCCUCGAAAAUAGUUAAAAAAGUCUUUGUAGAUGGUUCAAGUUUUAAAACUCUGAUUUCUCAGUUGAAUCAUCCAAAUGUCCAAGGGAUCUACGCAUUGGUGUCAAACACAUUGCAAUAUUCCAAAAAAUUAGAUUAUCUUAUUGAUCAGAAUAAAAUUCUUAUUGAUAAUCCACGCCUCGAUUGUUGGCUAGCAAAAGUUUUAAUAACAGAACUACUUUGGGGCAAGAAAGAAUUGAAAUCUAAUGCCAAACCUAUUGAAACUAUUUUAAGCUAUAAAGUAAAAUUGCUGCAGAGUUUAGAGCAAAAUUUGGAUGCCACUGUAGAUCCCUAUGACAACAAAAGAGUGCAAUUUCCACGAUACAUUCGCAUUAAUACAUUAUUAACAAGUAUCGAUGAAGUAUUGGAUACUUUUUAUAACGAUGGGUGGAAUCUGUUACCUCGAUGUGAAAAUUAUACUUCUCAUCUAGAAACUUUGUCAAGCUUAACGAAUGAGAAUUUCAUACAAGAUUUUCACAUACCAGAGGUAUUAGUUUUUCCACCUGGUACGAAAUUCUACGAUCAUCCCGAUCAUCUGAAAGGAAAAUUAUUACUACAGGAUAAGGCUAGUUGUUUACCUGCAUUUAUAUUAAAUCCCAAGCCUGGUGGUGAAAUUUUGGAUAUAUGCGCUGCUCCUGGAAUGAAAUCCACUCAUCUUGCAGCUAUUAUUAACAACAAUGGAAAAAUUUAUGCAGUCGAAAUGAACGAGAAUAGAUAUAAGAACUUAUGUGAAUUUAUUAGCCUCGCUAAUGCAAAAUGCAUCGAAACUGUUCAAAGCGAUGCAUUAAAGAUAUCACCGGAACAGUAUGCAAAUGUCAAGUACAUUUUGGUAGAUCCGAGUUGUUCUGGCUCUGGAAUUAUCGAUCGAAUUGAAACUAGAGAAGAAAAUAGCCAACAAUUGCAAUAUCGAUUGAAAAAAUUGCAGUACGUGCAAUCGAUGUUACUUACUUACGCUCUUCUUAAUUUUCCAAACGUAAGAAAAGUAAUUUAUAGCACAUGUUCAAUGUAUUUGGAAGAGAAUGAAAGUGUCGUUGAUAUUGCCUUAAAAAGAGCUGGCGAUAUGUUUAAACUUGUUAAUUUAAAGAAGAAAUUAAAGAACGAAUGGCACAAUUUUGGUUCAUCGGAAUACACUGUCGAUGGCAAUAAAUGUUUGUAUGCACUACCAGAGAAAGAUUUAUGCCGCGGAUUUUUUAUGGCAAUGUUUAAAAGAAAAACAAAAGUAUUAGACGAAGUAGAGCUUAACUCUGACACGUGUAAAAUAUCGAACAUAAAUAACGAAUUAAAAAGUACGGAGGACAAUGAGCUUCCAAUAAAAAGGAAAAAGAAAUCUUUCGAGUAAGGCAAAUAUAUUCAUUUGAAAAAUAUUAAAAAGCAUUAUAGAUAAAAUGUCAAAGAAGAGAGGGAACAAUGGUUAUGAAAAUUCAUUAUAAAACUAAAUAAAUAUGGAAACAAACUACGCUUGAGAUGUUAAA